AAUUUGACAGCCGCUUUCUUUUUGUAAACAACAACAACAUUAUCAACUGUACCGCCGCUGUACACAGUUUUCUUGAAUCACUCUGCAGAAUAUUAUCGAAAUCAAUUCCAUUCGCCGGGCGUUCGCUGAUAGCACUUGCGGGAGAAUGCAAUGCUGACGUAGACACUUCAAAAUCAGGUUCGAAACUCGCUUAAACGCAACAACAUGACUGCCAUUCUCGGUGCCGGCAUCAGUGGACUAGCGGCAGGCCAUUACUUGCUCAGGAAAACACCUAACCUACCUUUCACAAUAUACGAGGCGACGGAUCGCAUCGGUGGUUGGAUACGCUCCGAACGCUGCUUGGAGCAUGGGUUCGUGUUCGAGGCAGGACCACGAACGAUUCGUCCGAAAGGUCCAGCAGCAAGCAACACGCUCCAGCUCAUAGAGGAGCUCGGACUGGCCGAAGAGGUGUAUUCGAUCAGCUCAAAUCAUACAGCCGCCCGGAAUCGUAUGAUUUACGCCAAAGGAAAGCUAAACCUGCUGCCCAACUCACUGGGUGGAGUGUUGAAAACGAUACCACCAUUCACGAAGCCCCUAUACUUUGCAGCCUUUCGUGACCUGCUGGCAGGACGAUCGGAAACUGCGCUGAAUGAUGAAUCUAUGUACUCGUUCGUGGAACGAAGGUUUGGUAAGGAGAUCGCCGAUUAUGCGGUCAGCUCAAUGCUGUGUGGAAUUUGUGCGGGCAAUGCGAAAGAGAUCAGCGUCAAGUUUCUGAUGAAGGAUCUGUUUGAGCGCGAGCAACGGCACGGUGGAGUCAUAUUAGGGCUGCUAAAAGAGGCACUACAAAACCGCAAAAAGAAACAACCUCAAAGCGAUAAAAAAAGCCCUCGCUCGCAGCCAACCGGGUUAGCGGAACGUGCAAAGGCAGAAAACUGGAGCAUCUACUCGAUACGGGGUGGCCUGCAAACUUUACCCGAAAUGUUGGCCGCUAACCUGCGCGCCAAAGGUGUAUCCAUCGUAACGGGAACGCGAUUCGAAGAACUGACCUUCGGCCGCGAUCACGUUGUGUUGCGAGUCGAUGGUAAGGAGCAACAGCUGCAACAGCUCGUUAGCAGCAUUCCCAGCUAUAAGCUAGCAAAACACGUGCAAAAGCAGCACCCGCAGCUAGCCACGGUGUUGAGCAGCAUCCCGUUCGUGGACGUGUGCGUGAUCAAUCUGCAGUACCGGAAGCCGGAUCUGCUGAAGCAGGAUGGGUUUGGAUUUUUGGUACCCCCGAUCGAGAAUUUGCCCAUACUGGGAGUAAUUUUCGACAGCUGUUGCUUCGACAUGGAGGACAACACGGUGCUAACCGUGAUGAUGGGAGGAGCAUGGUUCGAGAAGUGGUUCGGCACGAACCCUUCCGAAGAGCACCUGCUGGAGGUGGCAUUGGAGAACGUGAAAAAGAUCCUGCACAUUGAGCAACGCCCCGACAGCUACAAGGUAAAUUUGCUCCGCAAAUGCAUUCCCCAGUAUACCGUUGGCCACCAGGAUCGCGUGAAAGCGAUACGGGACUAUGUCGAGCAGCAUCGAUUGCCGAUUGUGCUUUGUGGUGCUUCGUACGAUGGUGUCGGAGUGAACGACGUCAUACUGUCCGCUCGAACGAAUGUGGAGAAAAUGGCACCCUAACCGAACGAUAGUUGAAAUUGUGUAAAGCAUAAGUGAGCUUGGUUUCAAGAUGUUAAGCCUGACGAAAAUAAAUAUAUGUUUAACAUAUAACA